UUUCGUUUUUACAAUUUUUCUCGAUGACAUGGAAGGACAAAAUUAGAAAUUACAUUCUUCUGUUUCAGUCCUUAAGAGCUAGAUCAGCGAUUACGAAUAAUUUUAACAGAUUUACAGUGAUCAAAAUGACUUCAACUGAAGAAAAAGCAGGGUGCUUCAAUACAAUGUACCGCAUGGGAAGAAAAACAGAGGAAUGUUUGUUGUUAUGGCAUAUAAAUAUCUUGUCAAGCAGCCCCGUGAUGAUGAUAUCAGGAAAGCCAGAAUUCUCGGAUGGUGUAUAGAACUGUUGCAAGCUUUCUUUCUUGUGGAAGAUGAUGUGAUGGACAAGUCAUAUACAAGGAGAGGACAACCAUGCUGGUUCAGGAAGGAAAAUGUUGGGCUUGAGGCAAUAAAUGAUGGUAUUUACAUUGAGUCUUGCAUAUAUAAAAUACUCAAACAUUACAUACGAGAUACAUCGUACUAUAUUGACAUCAUAGAACUUUUCCAUGAGAUAACACACUGUACAAUAACUGGACAAUGUUUAGACAUGACAGUAUCACCUCCAGCUGGAACUGUUGAUUUCACUUCAUAUACAAUAGAAAAAUAUAAUGCAAUUGUGAAAUGGAAGACCGCCUUCUACUCAUUUUAUCUACCUGUAGCCAUAGCUAUGUACAUGGCUGGAAUCCGUGAUGAUUUUAACCAUAAAUGUGCCAAAGAUAUUUUAUUGAAGAUGGGAGAAUAUUUCCAAGUUCAGGAUGACUAUUUAGAUUGUUAUGGAGACGAGGAUGUGAUAGGCAAGAUAGGAACAGAUAUACAAGACAAUAAAUGUAGCUGGCUAGUCAUUAAAGCUAUUCAGAAGGCAUCUCCUCAUCAACUUGCAGUGCUCAAGGAAAAUUAUGGCAGCUCUGAGGGAACAAAAGUUUCAGUUGUGAAAUCUCUAUACAAAGAGCUUGGACUAGAAGAGGAAUUUAGAGACUUUGAAGAGAAAAGUUUUCAAGAGAUCUUACAGCUGAUAGAAAAAUGUAGUGGUGAAUUACCAAAAGAAAUGUUUAAAGCAUUUGUACAGAAGAUCUACAAGAGAAAUAAGUAGUGAGUCAGUAACAUGAUGCUAUGUUGUUGUUCUGUGACAUGAUGCUAUGUAAAAGUACAGUGGUAUAAUGCUGUUAUAUACCAGUAAUAUUAUACUUUGUAAUAAUGAUGUGGCUUCAUAUGUCAAUAGUGCUAUUACAUAAUAUUUGUGUUGCAGAAUCAUGGGAUAUGACUGUUUGUUAUAAUCUUCCUUUGUCAUGAUGUUGAAUUAUAUUGCAGUUAUAUGAUACUGUGUUAUAGAGCACUGUAACAUGAUGCUGUGUUUAAAGCACUGUGAAAUUAUGCUGUGUAAUGGCAUUGUGAUAUGAUACUGUGUUAUAUUGCUGUAACUUAAUACUAUAGAGUUAACGCAAGUUUUUCUGUGUUAUAACGUCUGAAGAGUCCCGAGGAACGGUUCCGAGAUAUCUGCAGACUUUAAUACACCAAAUAAACGUGCGUUGACGCUAUUAUAGCUUAAAAUUUUAAAACAGAUUCAUGAUGUAUAUUUAAUACAAAACACAUACAUUAAAUCUUUGUGCUUGGA